AUGAAAGCCAACCUGAAGCUUAGAGCAAUACAUGGACGUUCACGUAUCUGGCUGUCGGUGUUUGUUUUCCAGUGCUGCUUCCAACUAAGCGCUUCCUUGGUGUACUGGACUGCCUAUGUUGAAGUCAGAUACUUUGACAGAGUAUCUAAUGAAACAGUGGGCAGUAUGUGUGAGUGUGGCGUGUUUGGAGCGGACUCACUCUUUCAUUCAGCUUCUGGGCUUCUCGUGCUUCCAAAUUCAGAUCCUCUGGCGUGCUCGAGGAACACUACUUUCACCACCAAACACCAGCCAUGGAUUGCCCUGAUAAAAAAAGGAAACUGUACAUAUUCACAGAAGAUACAAGCUGCCCAGCGACAAGGAGCCUCAGCGGUGGUUAUUUACCAAAUAGAUGGGGCGGGCAAUGACACUAACCUGAUGGCCCAUCCAGGUAUGAGAGUUUCUCGAGUCAUUGCCAUCAUGGUUGGCAAUAUUCUAGGCACAGAAAUGGCUAACCUGGUGAAGAAUGGCUCAGAUGUGUAUGUGGUGAUCAUGCUGGCCAAUCCUCACGGCCUGUGGUUCAGCAGCACAUGGGCAUACGCGCUGUCCUUCACCUUCAUCGGCAUAACGGCCAUCACCAUGUUCUACUUCGCUUUCAUCUUCCUCAAACGAAUGUACAGAAACCAGCAGCUCCAGAUGCAAGAGAGGGAGAUGAAGAGAGAGAAUGAAAAGGCCAUAGCAAAGUUAGAAGUGCGGACUCUGCGGACGAGCGACCCGGAGGUGGAAUCGGAGGACGUGAGCUGUGUUGUGUGCACCGACUCGUUCAAACAUCAUGAACAGGUCACCGUUUUACCCUGCAGACAUUUAUACCAUAAGAAGUGCAUUGAGCCGUGGCUGCUGGAACACCCCACCUGCCCCAUGUGUAAAUUUCACAUCCUCAAAUACAAGGUGAGUUUGGCCAAACCUGCAGAGCCGUGUCCGUUCAGGAAUGAUGGAGGUUCUGUUCUUCUGUGA